AUGUUGAUUACCCGACUCGCUCGUUCAUUUGAAGUUCUUGAAAAGCGGGAAGACGUGAUGUUGACUGUGGAGCCCCAAAAGCCAUUCUCAGUCCUCCUUUAUAAGAGGACAAACAUUGUGGUUGAUCAUGUAGUGGGGACCUUUCGUAUUCCUGAUGACACCCCCUGCCAGUGGGUUCCAAACCGAGGAAGGCAGUGGGGUAGGGAAGCUGGAGAGGACGAACCACCUGUUGUGCAUGCAGAUGAUGAGCUACCUAUGGAUCCAUAUAAUGCUACAAGGAGGAGAUAUGAAGAUUACAUGUCAAGAAAUGAUAAUUAUACCAACAUGUGCAUGGAUCAUUUUAUGUUCCAAAUGCAUGUGCCACGCCCGGAUCAUUUUCCUCCUUCAUAUCCGCAUGUUCCAACUUGGGAGGAAUUGUGGCGGGAGCAACAAGGUGGGGCUGGUGGUAGUGGUGGGGGAGUAGACGAGGAGGAAGAUUGA